AUGGCUACUGCAGCCGCAGAGCCUGAUCCUCUGCGGGAAACUGGUCGCUAUGAGCGCGUCCAGUCGCUUGGGAAGGGCGCGUUCGGCUUCGUGCAGCUAGGAAGAAAGCUACAUAACAACGAGCUUGCGGCGAUCAAGUUUCUCAAGCGCUCUGAUGUAAACAAAUACGUGGAAUCUGAGAUUUUGAACCACAGCAUGUUGCGGCAUCCACAUGUCAUCCAAUUUAAGGAAGUAUUCCUGACAUCGGAUUACAUUUGCAUAGCCAUGGAGUACGCUACGGGAGGUAGCUUGUUUCAGUAUGUGCAGCAACAAGCUCGUCUAAAGGAAGCAGUUGCACGCUGGUUCUUUCAACAACUUGUGAUCGGCGUGGAUUACUGCCACAAACGCGGUGUCGCAAACCGCGACAUCAAAUUGGAGAAUACGCUCCUGCAAAAGGUAGAUGGACUGCCCCUACCUUUGCUGAAAAUCUGCGAUUUUGGAUACAGCAAGGCGGACAUGCGUUCAGCAGCAAAGAGCAAGGUGGGCACCUUGACGUACAUGGCGCCCGAGGUGCUCGUCAACCGGGACGGCAAAUACGACGGUAAAGUGGCGGACAUUUGGUCGUGUGGUGUGAUGCUGUACGUCAUGUUUUACGGGAGAUAUCCAUUCGAGGUGCCCGCGGGGGCCGCCAUGCCCAAGGCCACGGAGAUCUUGUCCAUGCUGGAUAACAUGGUACGGCAACGGUACGAGCUUCCCACCAAGGUGGAGAUUUCGGACUUGGGCAAGGACCUGCUGAAGAAGAUGCUGCUGCCCGACCCCAAGGAGCGCAUCACCCUGGAGGAGGUCAUGAAGCACCCGUGGUUCACCACUAACCUGCCGCCGGAGGUGGGUCGUACUGGGGUGGGGAUAAGAGUUUAG